AUGGCCUUUGUCGACAACAAAGCUUCUUCCUCCCAGGCAACCGCCGGCGGGAAAGGUAAAGGUGGCAAAGGAAAACAAGCUCAACCAAGAUUGAAGUCUAAUCAAGCUAAGCGAUUGAAGGUGGAUGAAGAAUUGAAAGAACUUCAAGCGAGGGUUGAUAACUGGAGUCCUCCAGCUGAAAUCACACUUUUCAAUGAACUUCCACUUUCUUCCCGUACUCUCAAAGGUCUAAAGAGUAGUCAUUUCCUUAACCCUACCCCGAUUCAAUGUCUUGCUAUACCUCCCGCAUUGAAGGGUCAAGAUCUACUUGGAUCAGCUAAAACAGGCUCGGGCAAAACGCUCGCUUUCUUGAUUCCCAUGUUGGAGAGGUUAUAUCAAGAUAAAUGGGGACCAAUGGAUGGUUUGGGUGCUGUCGUCAUCUCGCCUACGAGGGAAUUAGCCGUACAGACCUUCACUCAGUUAAGGGAUAUAGGAAAAUAUCAUCAAUUUUCAGCUGGAUUGGUAAUAGGUGGGAAACCUUUGAAAGAAGAACAAGAUAGAUUGGGAAGAAUGAAUAUACUGAUAGCAACUCCUGGAAGAUUAUUACAACAUUUGGAUAGUACCGUUGGUUUCGAAUCUUCAGGUGUCAAAGUCUUAGUGCUGGAUGAAGCAGAUCGGUUACUAGACUUGGGAUUCUUGCCUGCUUUAAGAGCUAUCAUAGGGCAUUUCUCACCUGGAGUAGUCUCUUCUUCCUCCUCAAAACCUAAUCGUCAAACAUUGCUAUUCUCGGCCACUCAAACUAAAGAUUUGGCCGCGCUGGCGAAACUGUCUUUGCACGAACCAGUGUACAUAAACUGUAACAAGGCAGGAGAAGAAGGAGUCGUCCCUUCAAAUUUGGAACAGUAUUAUGCUGUCGUUGGAUUAGAAAAGAAGUUAGACGCUUUAUGGGGUUUCGUGAAAAGUCACUUGAAGAUGAAAGGUAUCGUCUUUGUUACUUCAGGUAAACAGGUUCGAUUUAUUUUCGAGACUUUCCGUCGACUUCAUCCAGGUUUACCGUUAAUGCAUUUACACGGAAAACAGAAACAACCUACUAGAUUAUCGAUUUUCCAAAAGUUUUCAACAUCAAAACAUGCUUUAUUGAUUUGUACAGAUGUUGCUGCCAGAGGAUUAGAUUUCCCUGCUGUAGACUGGGUAAUACAACUUGAUUGUCCAGAUGAUGUAGAUACAUACAUUCAUCGAGUUGGAAGAACAGCAAGAUAUCAAGCAGGUGGUCAUGCUUUAACAUUCUUAUGUCCAAGUGAAGAACAAGGUAUGACUUCUAGAUGGAAUGAAAAAAUGAUUGAACCGAAAAAAAUCAAAAUAAAAGAAAGUAAAAUGGGUAAUUUGAAACAACAAAUGCAAAAUUUCGCUUUUAGAGAGCCUGAGAUCAAAUACCUCGGACAAAGAGCGUUCAUAUCGUAUAUGAAAUCCAUUCAUAUCCAAAAAGACAGAUCGAUCUUCAAGUUCUCCGAGCUACCCGCCGAGGCAUUUGCAGAGAGUAUGGGUCUACCGGGUGCGCCUCAGAUCAAAUUCGCCGAGCAGAAGGCCGUAAAAGUUAAGGGUGGAUCAAAGAAGGACGAGAAGAACAAUGAAGAGGAGGAAGUCUUAGAAAGAGGGGUUGUGGGGAGUGACGAGGAAUCGGAAGGGGAGGAUGAGGAAGGUAGUGAAGACGAAGAUAAAUCCGAAGAAGAGGUCGAAGAAACUGCAAGUGAGGAUGAAGAAGAUGAUGAUGAAGGAAGUCAGAGCGGUAGUGAGGUAUCUACUGCAGGCAAGCCACAAGCUGCUCCUGCUGUUCGAACCAAAUACGAUCGAAUGUUCGAGCGAACGAAUCAAUCCAUCCUCACUCCCCAUUACACCGCAUUGGUAUCACACGAAGAUGGUCAAGAAGGCGAAGAAGGAGAUGAAGAUGUAUUCACAAUUGCAAGGCGUGAUCAUGCAUUGUCUGGAGACGAAGGAGAUUCUGACCGAGAAGAAACACUCCAAGUAGCUGAAGGAAAGGGAACCGAAGCUUUAGAAAAAGAAAUGAAAGAACCUUUGAUCACAUCAGAAGAUCUAUCAAAGCGGAAACUGAAAGCUGCUACAUCCAAGAAAUCCAAAUUGAAGAAUGGACCUAUGCCAGAUAAGAUUAUAUUUGAUGAAGAAACUGGAGAGGCUAGAAACUUUUAUGAAGUCGGUAAAGAUGUUGAGAAUGAAUUUGGAAAUGAAGAAAAACGUAAAGAAUUCUUGGAGAAGGAAAGAGAACGAAUGAAGAUCGAAGACAAGUUUGAUAAGGAAGUUGCUAGGGAGAAAAAGAGAGAACUCAAGAGGAAGAGGAAGGAAAGAGAAAGAGAGGCGCGUAAUGAGUAUAUGAGUGACGAAGGAGACGAACCUGUUGCUUAUCUAGGCGGUGGAGAUGAAGAUCAGACCGAUUUAGAGGAAAGCGUUGCAUCGCCGUCACCAGAACCUGAGGUCAGGAACAAGAAGAAGAGGAAGAACAAGUUCAAGGACGACGACGAAAUAGAGGAGCAAGGUGGCUUAGAAGAUGAAGAAGCUUUAGCUCUGAGAUUGCUACAAGGUUCUACUUAA